CCAAGCUCCUUCCGCUCGCGCCUCAGUGUGCCUCGUGAGAGGGGAGACAGUUACCACACGGUUACCACACAGCCGCGGCACAGACGUAGGCCUCAGGUCUCCGGCCUCAGAGCCAGACCCCGCCACCUCACGAUAUCCGACCAGAUUGAGGAACAAGGAGUAGAGGUUUGCCACUCUCAGGUGACUAAGCAGUAUCACAAAAAUGAUGUCUAGCAACACCAGUGAAGCUGAUGUGCUAAAAACAAGAAUAUCUACUUAUGAUGAUGACAACACUGUUGUUCUUCAUGCAUAUGAAACAAAACAUAAAUUUGCAAAUGAAACAAAAACUGAGCAGGAACCCAUUACUGUAGCUGAUGCAUCCUGUAAUACUGAAGAGCAACCGAAGUCAGUGUAUGAUGUCCUUACCUAUUGCCAGGUUAUAUAUGAUGCUAUCCAAAACCUGGAUAAGAAGAUUGAUGGCAUUAGCAGAAAGGUUUCAAAAAUCCAACGUUUCAAUGCAAAAGCAGGGUCGACGAAUCGCAAGCCAUCUGGCUUUGGAUAUGGAUAUGCAUACACAAAUUAUUCUUGCCUGCUUGCUAAAAAGCUUAAACUCCAGAAAAUGAAGAAAAGUCAGGCUUACGAGACAUUCUCCUACCCUCAAAGUUAUAGUCCCACUUCACCGGUGGCAGUGCGGGCAGAUAAUUCCCAGAGCAACAAUCCAGCACCAUCCUUUCACAUGGAAGAAGAAUACCAGCGAGCUGAGCCGGAGGAGGACCCAGUCCUCAGCUGUACUCCGAGUCCAGUGCAUCCCUCAGUCCACUCUGAGCAUGGUUUUCUACCAUCUUAUGCAUCUGAUGGUGCAAUGCCUGGCUCUUCACGGCCCUACCGUGGCAGCGCUAGGGUUAACAGCAGCCAAGUUACAAGCGUACCAGUGGACAAUGACAUGUAUUUAGAGGACAACUUCAUUAAGCACCCUGCAACAUGGUCGGUGGAAGCAGUGGUCCUAUUUCUGAAGCAAACGGAUCCUCAGACAUUAUCCCCUCUUGUCGAUCUCUUCAGAACCUAUAAAAUUGAUGGGAAGGCUCUGCUCCUACUCACGAGCGACCUGAUGCUGAAGUACUUGGGUAUGAAGCUGGGAACGGUCCUGAAGCUAUGCUACUACAUUGAACGACUUAAACAAGGAAAAUGCUAUCAAAAUUAAAAAAAAAUUCUUGUACAAAUUUAGAUUGGGCCAACUUCCAAAGAUACCAAUGCCUUCUUAGUGUAGAAUCAUUUUCUGCCGUUUAGUCAUUUUUGGUUUUUAGAAAGUAUCUCUCAAAAUAUAGCCAGAAUUGUAGAACUAUGUUAUAGUCCAGUCCACUACUUUCAAAACCAUUUAACUGCUAGAUAGUAUUAGAAUAGUCCAAUAGGAAAUUCAUUCUUUAUAGGUCUUAAAAAAUUACUCUUAUUAUAUUGUUUACAAAUAUUUCAUGUAAGAAAUGGAAAAUAAACCCCUUUGAUUCUGGUUCAUCUUUAUACAGAGAACUAAGACAGCUAAGAGAGGUAUUAUCAGGGGUUGGCAACUUCCAUGAUGAAAUCUAUGGGGAUUUUUCCUCAGAAGAGAAUUUAAAGGUGUACCCAUAGAUAGCUCUUUCUGAAGUAUUUUGUCUGUCUGAUGCUGCCGUGUUCUACCAGUUUCCAGAAAGAGAAUAGCCAUAUAAGUUAUUUUUCUUUCUGCUAUUAUUUGUCUACAAGUUUUACUCAGUUUUAGAGAAAAAAAUAAGCUUAAAAACUUUUAUGAAGUGCUCUUAACAGUUUUUAGAUAAACUAUAUGAUAGAUAGAAUGGUUAUUUAAUGCAAGAAAUAUACUACAAGGGUGGUUUCAAUAGUCUGACUACUUUUUAUCCAAAAAAUAUUCUACUAAAACUUCCAUAUUUUGGCUAAGUUUGGACAUUUAACUACACUUUCAUUGUUUGCACCUCUCUAUAAAGAUACCUCUGUCUAAACUUUUAAGAUAUAUAACUUUAUUUUAUGUGUUUAUUCUUUAUAUAGAUAAUAUUUUAUAUUUUAUUCUAACCUGAAGUAUACACACAAGUAAUUUUUUUAAUUUAAAAUGGCAUUUUGUAUUCCCCCAGAGGUAGGAUAAGCCAUAUAUUUGUAAGAUGUUUUAUUUUGUGAAAUCUAAGUGGAUUAUUUGCCAUCACUAGUAUCUCUCAACUUACUUUUCAGAGGACAAGAAACAGUCUGUGGAUUGGUUUCCAUACAGGGAAGUUCACUGUCCUGUGGAAUAUUUCUAAUUUGCUUAGUUCUGAGCCAUUUAUCCUGCUACACUUUGAACGAUACAUUAAUUCAGACUGAUGUUUGGGGGCUUUAUUUUGUAAGUUAGAACUUUCAAGUGAAACAUAUUCAACACUAUUCUUUCAUUAUAAAUGUAUAACAUGUUUAUUACAUUGUAUAACAAAUAUAAGGUUUAUAAGCUAUGAGAAUUGGUGCUGUCACCAUUAGCCACUUAAAAAUGUGAAGAAAAUGUUCACCAGGGGCAAUAAUGUAACUUUUCUUGUUAGAAAACCAAAUAUACUUUAGACACGACUGCAACUAUUUACAGAAUAGCUUCAUCUAUGUUAUUUCUUAAAUGUCAUAAGAUUCUUACUUAAACUUGGUCUUCUUUCAAAUUGUUUCUAUGAAUAUGCUCUACCCACUUGAACAGUCCUUAGUUUAC